AUGACUUUCAGCAGAGUUCGUGCUGACAAGGUGCUCGGCCCCGGGCCUUUGCCACAGUCGCCGGUGGCAACCAGCUGGGGCUGGAAGCCGGCGACACAAGUGGAGGACCGAGACCGUCGAUAUGGCCCCGUGAAAUCCGAGCCAUUGGUGCGCAAGGCCAAAAUACUUCUUCAGCUCAGCAUAGAAGGAUUCAGUCUGAUGGUUACCGGCCUCGUGCAGGAUAACAUGGCCUUCGUGUGCCGUGAGGGCUUACCCCUUGACUACGGUGCAGUGGCAGAGGACGUGUGGAAGGACUUCGAUGCAUCCCUGAGCAAGCUGGCAAACGAGGCUGCCUUCCUCCGUGGGAUGCUCAAGGCUUUGGGCCGCGAGGCCAAAGGCCGAGGCCGUGAUAUGGUCGUCGAGGAGAGGUCCAAGCUGAUCGAACCUAAUGCAGGAGGCUUGAAGGGUCGGCUCCGAGAAAAUCGCAGCCCGCGCUCCGUUCGUCUGGGCAAAGUGGUGGUGCAAACAUACCCUGCGAACAAGGAGAUCAUCGAGGACAGCCACGGCCACGCUCCGCAGCCGCCGGAGAAGGAAGCGCCGACACGCGUGCGCAGACCUUUCGGCGAUGUGAACCUGAACAUGAACUCGAUGCCGUUCAGGGCAGAGAAGAAUUUCGCAGGAUGGAUGGAUGUUGACCUCACAGAGUCUGGCAAGAAAGCGGCAGCAGAUGCUGGAAAAUGCCUCAAGGCUUUCACCAUGUUUUCAAUCGCACGACUAGUUGCCGAAUGCUGCCUGGAGAGUAAAUGGAUCUCUGGCAUUGACGUUGAGAAGGGCCUGAAGCCUGGAGUGGUUUUCACCUCCAAGCUGCGCAGAUCAGUCUGCACAGCGUGGCUGGCGCUGAUGGAGUCGGACAACGUCACCCUGCCCAUUAUCAACUCCUGGCGUCUCAAUGAGCGGCACUACGGUGAGCUGGGCAGGGUUGUGUCUGAACAUGCCAGUGGGUUUCUAAGACAGUGGUGGGCAUGGGGAGAGCCAUGGAUGUUCGAGCGGGGCAGCCCUUCCGUUGCGAGAUGGCUCUACGUGCUGCUGGAAAGUCUCGGCAUGGCCGGUCAAGGUGGAAGCCUCGCCGCCGCUCUCCAGGAGCUGCAAGAAGCGCGGCAGCAGCUCCGCAACGUCCUCUCCAGGGCGACGGCGACCGAGGACUCGCGCCCGGCAGGCAGCGGAGGUGGCAAGAGUGGAAGCGGCGGCAAGACAAGACUGCGGUUCCUUGGUCAUGCCUCACAUCGCCGCUUCGGGCUCUUCCUGCUGCGUGUGUCGUUCCGAGCCUGGGCCGGCGCGCAGGCGAAGGCGAAGUCGGGACACGUCGGACACGGCCCAGCUCCUGUAGUACUGGCAGAGCUCUACUUUCGCAGCCGGAACAGGGCGGGGCUUCUCCGAGCAUUCUCCGCCUGGCGGCUUUCGUUGCAUCGCGAUGGCCGCCUGCGGAGGCAGGAGAGGUUGGCACAAGACCGUGCUGCAGAAGUGGCAAGAGCUGAAGCAGCCCAGCAUGUGAGCGAGGGGCGCUUGGAGCUUCUCUGUUCCAGGCUGGCCUCAUCCACUGCAGCUGUCUGUCUCUUAAGGCGGUCGCUCCUGGUGUGGAGAUAUUGCUGCCACGAGGCGCAGCUGGAGGCAGUCGCCGAGAAGUCCCAGGCGAUCCAGACCGAAACUUUGCGUCUGAGCAUGAGCGGAGAGGCAGACAAGGCCGUGGCCCUGCUGUCUGCCCGCGAAGCGGCGCUAGACUGCGAGUUGGCGACGCCGCUGCCUCGUUGUGACGAGCUCAUCUUCCAGCUGCUGUCUGCAAGAGGGUCCUCCCUUCGCUACGCCAUCCUUCGUCCUUGCUGGCGGCGUUGGCGUCUCCGGGCUUCGUACGGGCUUUCCUGGAUGCGCCAGAGGGGCGUGCACAUUACUCUCGGCUGUCAGCAUCUUCCUCUCUUCGAAGCCCGACAGCUCCUUGCGCGAGUCAUCCGGACCUGGCACUAUGGCUGCGGUGGCAUGCAUCGGCGGCUGCCUCUAUGGUGCCAGGAGCGAGGCUCAGCAAUGGCUCGCGGAUUCCAGAUGGUUGCAGACAUGUCGCUCAAAAGGCAGCGCUUGUGGCUUCUACGGUGCUCUUUUGGUGCCUGGGUUUGCUGGGGAUGCUUCCUCCCGAAGCGGGGCCUUUUUGGGGCGCCGCACACGGAGCGCCCAGCAGCCGACCUCCACUUCUUGCGCCAUCUCCGCUGGGCGGCCUCGCAGAGGCCACCCAGGCGGCGCGCAGAUCGGGGUCUUCGCACGGACGGCUGGAGCAAGCUUGAGAAUCUGCAGGUUCUGAGGCACCUGCAAAGCCUUGAUGCCCUGACGGCACGCGCGGUGCUGCGGGCCUGGCGACUGCAAGUGGCCAAGGAAAUGGCCUUCAACGCCAUGUUGAUGUUGCCGGAUGAUCAGGAAGAUCUCCAAGCCCUGGAGUUCCUUGGUUCCGUCUCGGCCUUCUCGGCGGCGAGUCCCUCUCAGCGCUGGGAUCGGCAGCACAUCGAAGGCGUCGAUCAACCUCGGCUUGAGCUGCCUGCUCUCAGUGGCCCACUGGCGCAGCCUCUGCCGCCAGUGCCACGGGCGCAGCGGGCGCAGCAGCCCGGCGACUCCCAAAACGAGCGGCCCGCUUGGCCCGAGUCCAGGCUCUGGUCUCCAGUCUCCGAAGAUGUGGAUGACAUGGAGUAG